AUGACCCUGGGAUUGAAGAUUUGACAGAUGACUUUGCAGAUGGGAUUGUACGUACAACUGUGGCAAGGGGAGAGGGUAGCUGCAGCCCCAUAAAUGCAGAGACAGUAGCUGAUGGCAAUGUAAAGGAUGGCGCAGCUGUCGUUGUUGUAGAAGGUCAUAGUGAACACACAGCAGGUGCAGCAAGUUCAGGGCCGAAAAUUACAUCACUUGUCAAAAGGGUGAAGAACAAGGCAAGACGGGAAUUUAGGUUAUCAGACUACGAAUAUCCCGGCAUAUUUGGGCGUCCACAGGUAAACACCAAUGUCAGACUUGGUAAAUCAGUUGAACCCGGGGUGAUUUACAGUGUUGAGGACGUCGAGGUGGAGCGUAAAACAUGGAAUGGAUUCGGUCUGAAUAGGCGGCACACUGUGUGGAACAUGGUGAAGGAUGAAGACAGGGAACUACUACAAAGAAUGUACACUUUAGAGGGGGACGGGUUAAUAGUGUGGGAUGGUGGACACAAUGGAAUACAAGUCCAUUUCACGGACAUCAAAGAUUUGGUGCAGCAGAACUCCAUACACGGCAAUGUAAUCGAUGCGUACGCUGCAAUGUUGACUGAAAUGCAUAAGAUGGUAUCUGGAAGGGCAGAAUAUGUUGGGGCAUCGUACAUUUACACUAGUGUUUGUUCGGAUAUGAUGCGAAACAGUAGUGCUGUUUCCCGAGCGAAGUAUUUGAAUGUUCACAUGAAGGCUGCACGAGGUUGCAGAUACACAGUAAUCCCAAUCUACAAUGCCAACCAUUGGACAGUCAUGGCGUGCGAUUCAGAAAGUGGGAAUUGGAAACAUUACAACUCGAUGCGGCCAAGACGUGGAGUGCGCGAUGAGCACUACAAUGAGGCUCUAAAAGUGAAACAAUGGGUGGCUGAUCACCACAACAAAUUUGUGAAGCCUCGAGUUACACCUACAGCUGUUGGCGCACAGCUGUUUGAUGGCAGUUUUGUAUCUGUUGUGGAUUGCCCACAACAAGUUCCAGAGUCGUCGGAUUGUGGGAUUUUCGUGUGCUUCAUAAUCAGGCAGUACAUUCGUGGUGCAGAAGUGAAUACUUCGAUGGAUGGGCUGACCCCAACUGGGCUACGAGCUGCAAUGGUGGAAAUGUUCUUAAGUGACCCGGGCAGUGGACUCCGUGGGAGGACAUUAUAACAAGUUGAGAAGACAUUUCCCAGUGCGCAAGUUGCAACAACAGCAUUAGGAUGUUUUUUUCUGUUUUUCCCGUAUCGGCGUAUAUAAUGUUUUGUUAGUCUGGAAACACAUAAAAGUAGGACGCAAAAACUAGUUUCAUAUACGUUACUUUUUUGGUAAUG